AUGGACAGGUCAAAUCAAACGCCGUUGACAUAUCUUGGUGACGCUUUCCAAUACCGAAGCGCAGACGGCAAGUUCAACAGCGCCCUCAACCCACAUCUUGGUCAAGCUGGUGGUCCAUACGCCAAAACGGUGCCCUCAAAAACUGCGCCUCUCGGUGCUCUCCCUGACCCUAGCGACAUCUUUGACAAGCUGAUGGCAAGGGAAGAAGGUGGUCGCGAGAGCAAGUCUGGCCUUUCUAGCAUGCUCAUCUACCACGCAACUAUCAUCAUUCACGACAUUUUCAGGACAAAUGAUAACGACAAGAAUAUCUCCGACAGCUCGUCCUAUCUUGACUUGUCUCCACUCUACGGAUAUACGAUGGAAAUGCAGCGUAAGGUUCGGGAUAGCAAGUACAUGCGCGGUCUUCUGAAGCCCGACACAUUUGCGGAAGACCGGUUGUUGAGACAACCACCCGGGGUUUGCAUCAUGCUUGUCAUGUACAACCGGUACCACAAUUACGCCGCAAGACAACUCUAUCGGAUCAAUGAGAACGGCCGCUUUUCGGUUCCAAAAAAGUUCUCGGAUACUAAGCUGGUGUCGCUGGUGAAGGCCUUCGGGAUUCCUCAUAACAAAUGCCACAAGCAGUGCAAAAAGUACGAAGCUGCCUGGAAGAAGUACCAAGCAGCGAAACCGGAAGGAGACGAGGCUACUCACACCGAAGAGUACAAAAGUCUGAUGAAAUGCAAAGAUGAUCUCGAGCUUCUUCUCAAAGAUGUACAUUGCGAAAAAUGUAAAGCGCAAGGCGACGAAUGUAAAGCGUUCAAGUCCAAACGCCAAGCCUUCGAAGCUAGCUACGAUGCGGCUUGGGCUAAAUUGGACAAUGAUCUUUUCAAUACCGCUCGCCUCAUCACCUGCGGAAUGUACAUCCAGAUUUCAGUACACGACUACUUAAGAGCGCUGAUGGGCUUCCAUCAGUUCGACACCAACUUCACUCUUGACCCGCGCAGUGAUUUCGAUCACAAGAAGACAACUCGCGGCCUUGGAAACCAGGUGACUGUUGAAUUCAAUCUGCUGUAUCGCUUCCACUGUGCGAUCUCGCUCAAGGACGAGGAGUACACCAACGAAUUUUUCCGCACACAGCUGAAUAUCGAUGACCCAAGCAAUGUCUCCUUACCAGUGUUCCUCGCAAAGAUGGCUGAUAUUAAGACGAAAGCUGCCAAAGAUAAAGCUGCAGGCAUCAAGGCACCUGAGCCAUGGGAAAUGACGUUUGGCAUACCAGAUGCAUCUGGCAACAAAACAUUCGAGAACACUUCUAAGCAUUUCGAGCGUAACAAAAUCACUGGCCUUUUUGAUGACGAAAAGAUGAUCAAGACCCUCACUUCGGCUAUGGAUGACCCUAUUUCCAACUUCGGACCUCGGAACACCCCCAAGUGUCUCAAGCCGGUGGAGAUCAUGGGCAUCCUACAAGCACGUAAAUGGGAAGCCGGCACCCUGAAUGACUUCAGGGACUUUUUCGGUAUGGAGAGACACCAAACAUUCGAAAGCGUGACCAAGAACAUCGACAUUCAGAACGCACUGCGAGAUCUCUAUGAGCAUCCCGACAAAAUCGAGCUGUAUCCUGGUAUAUUUUGCGAAGCGGAUGAGUAUAUGGGAUUGGACCCAGGCCCAAGGGAGGCGAGCUCUGCGUUGUGGACCGCCAUCUUCUCGGACGCCAUCACCCUCGUCCGCUCAGACCGUUUCUAUACCGUUGACUGGAAUACCAACUCCCUUACAUCAUGGGGUAUGAAAGAAGUUACGCCAGACAAUGAGGUCUGUAAGAGCUCAGUCUUCCACCGUUUGAUCCAACGCGCUUUUCCAGGCUGGUUCCCAUACAAUUCUAUCCGUUUCUUCCACCCCUUCUAUACGGAGAACCAGAACGAGAAUUUUGCAGAAAAGCAAGGCUACGGUCCCGAAUUUGUUACGUCACCGCCGAAUAAGCCCCAGAAGCCACUUCAUCUUACCAAAUUUAACGAUAUUGCCAAAGUCUUGAACGAUCAAGGGAAGGUAUUUUGCCAUCCUGGCCUACACCACAGCGCGAACUUGCCAAAGAAGAUAAACGAGGUCUUGAAUUCAGAUCAGAAAAACCCUACAUUUACAUCUAAAACUCUAGAUGACUACUUUUCAACUGUCAAACCAGAUUUGAAGAAGUAUCUUGACGAGCUGAUGUGCUCUAUCAUCAAGAGAGAGUCCGUUGCUAUGACAAACUCAAUCUUCCAGAUUGACGCUACUAGGGAUUUCGCAAUUCCAGUAGUCACGAGAUAUGUGGCCGACUUCCUUGGAUUCGGCCAUAAGUUGCGGACGGAUUCCAACGUGAGAAACUGCUACACAGAGAACGAGAUCUAUCAGCACAUCACGAAUUGCCAAAUCUUUCUGUCGUAUAAUGCGGACGAGACAAAACUGCUGAAGCGCCGCAAAGCCUUCAAAGCUUCGAUGGAAUUUUUGACCAACUUGACGCAGCGUGGGAAUAUAUUUGCGGCGAACCAGUGGGAAAUCACGCAAGCCUUGUUCGGAAGGAAGCGAACGAACCAGAUGACAAAGCUUGGGUUCUGGACUGCCAAGCAGGUAUUGGAGUACGAGAAGGAUCCAGGCAAGGCCGCCGCCAUACUCCUGCUCAUUUGUCUCGAUUUUGCGUACAACUCGGUCGUUUCGUUUACCGCCGUGUUGGACGACUACAUGACUGAUUUGUACAAUGCCGCCGAUCAUCCAGCACAUGAUGCCAUUUCGUCGAAGCCGCCAAAAUGGAUCACAGUUCAAAAAUUAGCCUUCAGCACCACGCUUGAAGAUGAGCAGGAGCUUGAAAGCAUGGUCCAAAUGGCGUCUCAAGAAACGGUCCGACUACCUAUCCUGCGCAAGGUGAUCGCGGAUGCGAAGUUGCCGUUCGGGAACGUCGUGAAAGGACAGAUGGUCCUUCUCGACCUUAACAAGGCAACUCUCGACGCAGAGGAAGCGGGAAAAGCCGACGAGAUCAAAUUCCUCACUUCACAACUUAGCAUCGCCGGAAAGCUUGGUGUCUUCCAGCCUAGACGCUUUGCUGUCCUCGCCUUAACAAUGAUGGUGAGAUUCAUUGCACAGAUGAAGAAUCCGCGCCGUGGUCACGACACGCAAGGAAGACUUAAGAAAAUCCAUCUCGGCGAGACGGCCGAGGGCUACUCCAACUUCACGGCGCCGGGAAGGAUGCACUGGAUCGCGGAGCAAGUUAGACGUCUUCCCAAAGGCCAUGCUGAUAAGCAUAUAUUCACCAAUACAGUCUUAAAGCCAGACACAGAUACUUAUCUCACGCCUAACUGGGAUGAAAUGGUCCCAUUCCCAAUGACGUGGAAAAUUCGUUUCGACGGCUUUGGCAAAUCGAAUUACUCCUCAGAAGGUCCUUAUUCUCACCCGUAUGGUAGGGUCAAGACUGUUGUGCUGCCGGAUGAUAGCCCGCCGUGGUAUCAGCCGCAAGGCGCCAGCCAUGUUGGAGGGGCGUUUGCUGAUGUUGGUUGUGUCUGCGCUGCUGCGAAGGAUGCCAAAUCUCCAGAAGAGAAAGAGAAAGAGACACAUGACGAGGACUGUCCUUGCGUUGACCCAGCAAAGAAGCUGGUGUCUAAAGCAAUAAAACUUUCGACUGGAUGUGGCCUGUCAGACAAUGUGGUACACAAGUAA